AAUUGCAUAUCUUAUCAAACUAUUGCAGAACCACACUCAAACAGAAAAUGUCUGAAAGAGCAGAACAGACUGCAGUCUCUUGUGUAAAAGCUCUCAAGGCUUUUGUUGAAAAUGGAAAAGCUCUGCUGGACCUCGCCGAGAAAGAGAGCAGGGAAGGCUCUGUCCAGGAAUUCAUCAGGCAGAAAAUCCGCAUAGAGCAAAAACAGUCACUGCUGGGUCUGAUUGAAGCUGGUGCAGCUUUGUACAGAAGUUUGUCUGUUAAGAGGAAAAAGGAGGCAGAGGAUCUCUGGAGAAAAAACAAUCACUGUGUUGCUUUACGGGACGCAGUGCAGGACUUUCAGGAACUAGCAGUGCAGUGGGAUGCCUUUCUGCUGCGUUUGGAUGAUGAGUUACAACUGAGUGCUAAAAUACUGGAUGGGGACCAUCAGUCAAAUUAUAUUUCACCAGAUACGUCUCUCAUCGAUGCCAGAACAGGAGAAACAGUGACAUUAGAGAAAUAUCUUGGGAAAGGUAAAAAGGUCCUGCUGGUGUUAAUCCGUCAGUUCUCCUGUCUGCUCUGCCGUCUCCAUCUUAAAGAUCUGGAGAAGAGUCAGAGGUCCCUGGAUGCAAACUCAAUUGAAGUGGUGGUCGUUUCAUUUGGCUGUCAGGAGGGAGCUUCACACUGGCUGCAGGAGACUGGCUGUCAGUACGACAUGCUUUUGGAUCGUGAUAGGAAGAUAUACGCAGAAUUCGGCCUGGGAGCGUCUCUGAAGAAAGUAUUAAGCUUCAGUAACAUGCUGCUCUAUGCUGAAUAUGUGGUUGACAAUAUGGAGUUUCCCCGAGGGCUUCCAUCGAUUGAAGAUGACAUGUUUCAGCUGGGAGGGGACUUUGUUUUGGAUGAACAUGGGAGGGUGCUGUUCUCUCACUGCUGCCAGAGUCCCAUAGACAGACCCUCAGUGGAGGACAUUUUAUCUGCACAGUAAAGAUGCAGCUCCUUCGUGCACUAAACAGGUUAAUUAAAGAAGAACUGAAACAGGUGAUGUCAGCUGAUAAACCUCUUGUAUCAGUUUAAAAUAGGAGUGAUUGCUAGGCCAAGCUGUGAGCUGAUACAUAACAAAUCUGAAGGUUUACGGUUGAUAUGAGAAAUAUGAAAAUAGAAAUGGAACAUGUAUUUUGUUCUUUUAGUGGAUUUAAGUCGAAAAUUAUAGAUAUUUACAUCCAAUAAAAUGUUACUGUACAAUUAUCUGACUCUUACUUUUAUAAUGAAACGGACAGAUUACUUUGUUUUGAAUAUCUAAUUAAAAACAUGAAUCUCUUAAAUAAA